GGUGGAGACAAGCAACUGCAGAGCCAAGCCGCGAAAGAUUUUCCUUGAGCGUACUUGUGUGAAUGAUCGAUUCGGGGUUGUCGGACUCGGUUUUUGAGAAUUUGCCGUUCCUGACUAUCCGUUCGUCAAACGCUUAGAUAGUCUCAAGUAGAAGCUUGUCUCUGGAGCACCUUGUCGAGCUGUACCUCGCUCAAGGCAAAGUCCGUGUCUGAAAACAUGAGGAUCAUCAAAGCAGACAUACAGUACAAAGUCCCACAGAUUGAUUUAUUGACGUUCCUAUUCGAUUCGGAAUAUUCGGUCAGUGCAAAUAACGCAGUCCUGCACGUCUCAGCUGAGAACAAUAAUCACACGAUCAACAAGGCGCAAUUACGCCAGUAUGCAGAAGAAGUGGCUCACGGUCUUAGAACGAAUUAUGGUAUUGGCUCGUCAGGUCCAUACAAAGAUGUAGUGACUGUGUUGUCAAGUGGUCAACCGUUCAGCCCAGCUAUUUUUUUCGGGAUCAUUGCUGCUGGUGGUGUCUCGUCAUAUGCUAGCCACUCAGCCUCGCCUCAGGAACUAGCGAGACAAAUUAAGCAAGGUCUUAGCAAAGUCGUCAUUGUCAGCGAAGAUCUAAAGGAUGUUGCCGUGGAGGCAGCAAGAAUUUGCGAGCUUCCUCCGGAAAAUGUUCUCGUCUUUGGCUCUGCUCCUCCAUGGACGGUAAAAUCAGUUGUAGGAGGCAUCGCAGUGCGAACCGGUGAUGAGGGUGCACCAAGAUUAUCUUUCCGUCGUGUAACUGAUCGCAAUGAGCUGGAGAACAGUCUAAUUAUCUUGAUAUGGUCCAGCGGCACGACGGGAGCGCCAAAAGGAGUUAUGCUUUCACAUCUCAACGUCGUUACUGAGCUCUACAUUCCGAUGAAAGAUGCUAGAGACUUCGCGGAAGCAAAUGCCGAUCCUAAAGCCCCCCCGGUUGAGCUAAGAACCAUUGCGCAUUUGCCAACCGCUCAUAUUGCAGGUGUUCUUGGGUAUCUGAGUGGCCCGGUUCUCACAGGUGCAAAAGUUUUUUGGAUGCGGAAGUAUGAAUGGAAAUCUUUCAUCGAAUACGCAGGAAAAUACAAGCCAACAACAUUAUACACAGUGCCCUCCAUUUAUUUACGGAUUGCAAAAUCUCCGGAAGUUACAGAUCAGUUCAGCGAAGUUGUGGCAGCAAGCACAGGCGCCGCGAAGAUGGACCAGGAACUUCAAAGAGCAGCAAAUGCGAAGAUGGGUGGCAAUCUAACGUUUAUCGGGCAGACAUGGGGUCUAAGCGAGACAACAGGUGCGAUCACUGCGCAGCGCGCUGGCCAGUUCGAUGACACAGGCAGCAUAUCGCCCGUUCUUCCAAACAUGCAGUUGCGUCUCGUAGAUGACAACGGUAACGAUGUCGAGCCUGGUCAGCCUGGAGAGUUGAUUUGCAAAGGUGAUAUUGUCACUAAGGGAUACUUCAACAACCCAUCUGCUACAGCAGAGGCCUUCCAUGAUGGCUGGUUCUAUACCGGAGAUGUUGCAGUUGAAAAGGAUGGCAAGUUCUACAUUGUAGAUCGAAAGAAGGAAGUGUUCAAGUAUAAGGGCCAACAAGUAGCACCCGCUGAAUUAGAGGGAAUCCUGAAUACCCACCCUCACGUCAAAGAAUCAGCGGUAGUGGGGGUUCCCGACGCACAAAGUGGCGAGGUUCCGAGAGCAUACGUGGUUGCAGAUAAGUCGAGUGUGAGUGGCGAGGAGAUUGCGACAUGGUUGGCUCAGAGAGUAGCGCCGUACAAACAGCUGCGAGGAGGAGUAGUAUUUGUAGACGAGCUUCCCAAAUCAGCUAUUGGUAAGAUUUUGCGGCGUGAACUUCGGGAUGCAGCAAGGAAGGAGCCCAAAACAUCGAAAUUAUAGUCAGUUGGAGACAAUAGAUCGACUUUUAACGCACCUGAAAUACUGACACUUGAAGACAAUAUGGGCGAAUAACCCUACAUAGUCCAAUUUUUCGAAAUUAG